AAGUAGCUCUAGAACCAGCUUUGCUUCUGCUUCUCCUUCCCAGGAUCUAUACUUCCUUCUAAACUUUGCUUGAAGAUGGAGCUGGUCUGGGUUUGUCUCCUCAUCUUCGCCAGUCUAUCAGAGACCUCUAGCCAAGAAGAUCUUUCUAGGAAGGUUUUCGUGUUCCGUAAUGAACCUAGCGACGCCUACGUCAUCCUCAAAGCGCUACCUAAGGAGCCACUUCACAACUUCACGGUGUGCCUGAGAUCCUACACCGAUCUGACUCGGCCCUAUGGCCUCUUCUCCUAUGCCACCAAAUCCGAAGACAACGAGAUCCUGAUCUUCAAGCCCAAGCCAGGAGAGUAUCGCGUCUACAUUGGCGGAGAACACCUGUCCUUCAAAGUCCCGGAAGAUACCCUCGACUGGGAACACGUCUGUUUCGGGUGGGAAUCAGCCACCGGUAUUGCCGAGUUCUGGCUGAACGGGAAGCCUUGGCCAAGGAAAGGGUUGAAGAAAGGGUACACCGUUGAUGCCGGAGCGUUCAUUGUCCUGGGCCAAGAGCAAGACCAUUACGGGGGGGGCUACGACUCGUACAACUCCUUCUCCGGAGAGAUGACCGAUGUGUACAUGUGGGAAUUCCUCCUCUCGCCACACAAGAUGAGGUCGGCCUACCAGGAUUUGCAACUUCCCCGUUGCGCUUUGGGUUGGAAGAAUCUGGAGUACGAAAUCAAGGGUGACGUAGUAGUGAAGGGCAGGCUGAGAUAAAUGGAAUUUGUAGUCUGAAGAUCCAGCCUUGCAAAUAGAGUGACUGGCUUCUCUGGCUCCAUCCUUGCUGUCUUUCCGGCAACAAGUUAAAAACAUUUUGCAGAAACUGGAAAGAUCAAAAUCCUUUGCUGAGAUUCUGUAAUGUAGAUGUUUUCCUAUGGAUUACCAGGCCUUUACAAAUGGUUGAGUUUGAAGUUGUUACGGGUCUGUACUGUAUAUAGUUUUAGUUUUUAUUGGCCUCAUUCCCACUUACACAUAAAUCGGUUUGCGAUCUGAAUGGAUGGACUGAUUCGAUAGCGGAGUGUGGUUCAUACUACAUUUGUCCCAUUGCAUUUUCCCCCUGUAAAAUAACCCACUUGUGGUUCACAUUCACAAAUGAAUUGAUUCAAAAUGGAGCCGCUCCAGCCAGUCGAAAGGCAAAUUUCAAUCGAUCCCGAUCCGCAUCUGGUUCACACUUGAGUGGAAUCAAUUUAUCCAAAAAGAUGCGGGUUAAAUGAGUCUAAUGCAUUGCCUCCCUCUCCAAAUCGCUUAAGCAAUUCGGUUCAAAUGAAAACCAUGGUCAUUUAAACCGGUUCAAACCAAUUUGCAAUCCAGUUUAAAAGGUCAUUGUUUUAAUGUUUUUCGUAUUUUUAAUUGUUUUAAUAUACACUGUUUUUAGUCACCUUUAUCUUCCUCGUUGUAUUUUAUUCUUUGCAUGAGCAGUGUGCUUUAAUACUAGGUUACUUUAAUUUUAUUUUGCUUGCUCACUUUUGUAAAAAUCAAAUCAAAUCAGCAUUUGUUGCACUAGCCGACGACCAUGAAAACACACCCAGCCUUUAAAACAAAAGACACAAGAGUACAAAGGUGCAAAAGAUAUAUAGGCCCAUUACAAACGGGCCAUAUAGUACACGCAGAGCGCAUACUAGGGUUAGGAAGGGGCAGUGCUUGCGCACCCCCCUAACCCUAGUACACGCUCCGCGCGCACAAAAUGGCAGUGGCUGUUCCAUUCGAGCCACUUUUAUUAGGCGUGCCCAAAAAGUGCAAUAAUUUUUGUGCAAGGUUUAGAGACCAAAGUCAAGAAAAGACGAUUCUGUUGAGGGCAUGACGAUGACCUUAAAAUCCUCUAGCCGGCUUGUUGCACCCGUGUCUUUGGGAAGGAAAGGUUGGCACACUAUUGAAUCAGGUGCAUCGGGUUACAGCCUUAUGAUCUUGCUGGCCAUAGGAAAGUCCAAAGGCACUGGACUUUAAUGCACAAUCCAUUUCAGUGCACAAAAUCUAUGCUGAUGAUACUGAGGAUGCGUGACAGUGUUAAAUUGUCCACAACUGUAGCAAUUUCACCAUGCGCCUAUUUUUCCAACUCACUUGGUUUUUGCAUUUAUGUGGAUAUCUGCAUCUGUAGCUAUACUGCAUAAACUCAUGCAUACAUCUAGAAAUGUAGGUUAAAAAUAGACCCCAAAACCCUGAGUCGACUUAUCCAUGGGUCAAUGUAAGAACUGUAUUUUAACUCAAUUGUGUGUGUGUGGCGCUAUAUAUUAUAUAUA